AAAUGCCCAAAGCUAAACGUAAAACCGUCUCCAAAGGAAAAUCGGCGGCUAAAGGCAAAGUUGCCGCCAAGUCGGAAAGCACACCAAAGCGAAAAUCGAAGUCUAAAAACAGGGCACGCUCAAAGGACAAGCCCGAGCUUAACAUCACAGUGGUGAUUCCCAAGACGUCUCGCAGGCCUACAUUUUUCUUCUGGACAGAUCCAGAAAGCCAAGGUGGCUUUCUCUCACCGUGGUACAAUUGCCCUUUCGAGGUCGGUGGUGAGAAAUAUGUAUCUACUGGCCAAUACAUCACGGCUCGUAGGGCAGAGAUUUACCGCGAUCGGGAAUCGCUACACAAAAUCCUGCUCGCGACAAGGGAGGAUGAAAUCAAGGCUUUGGCCGACAAUAUUAAGGACUCCUCCAUCACUGAGUGGUCUAAGCAUCCAGAUUAUCAUUUUCAUAUCCAUUACGCAAACCUCAGAAAAUUUCUCUAUAGCGACCAAAGCGAAGAUCUCUUGAAUAGGCUUGCCAAUCUUGGUGACCGUGAACUUGUCUUUGCCGAUCCUACUGAUCUUCAUCUUGGGAUCGGACUCGACGCAAGUGAAGCGGAAAAAGUAGGCAGGAAAGCAUGGGGAAAGAAUGCUUAUGGUAAAUCAUUUGAAAAGCUAAGGCAUAAGAUCAGAAAUCCGAUCUCGCCAGUCAUUCCUACCUUUCCAUAUGACACCGGAUAAAAACAGGCGUAAUGGGG